UCUGAGACAAGAAAAAAGAAAUAACAACUCUAUCAAAUUGGAAAAAACUAGGUUAACUUUGCGGUGGUGGUUGUGGUGGUAGUCGACUUUAGAGGAGGAGGAAGAGAUAAAUUUGAAAAGGGGAGUUGAAGGCGCAAUGGCGAGGCGAGAGCUUUCGAACACGUUGAAGAACUUGAAGUUCAUGCAAAGGGCGGCUGUGAGGGAGGAGAAAACCAAGAGAGAAGAGAUCAAACCUGAUGUCAGUAUUGUUACUACUCCUACAACAGUGACUAGAAAGUGUGUUGUUAUAAUGGAAGGUGAUCCCCAUCCUGGAGCACUUAAAGGUCGAAUGUCAUUUCAAAGUUUUAAUCCUUCUGUUGAUAAAUUAAACGAGGAAGAAGCAAGACUACGUCAGCCAGCAGCUGAAACUACCGUGUCUAGAAAUCAAAAUGAAAGCGUCUCUGUCAGAGAAAAUAAUUUUUCAGUUGAAAGUCCAGAAAGUGUCAACGUUAACAAAAAGAACGUGGAGGCUAACGGCAAUGUUAAAAGGAAACAAUCUGAAGUAGUUAGUGAAGCUCAAUAUCCUAACAAAUCACCAAAGAAUGAUCAUGAUGAUAAGCAAUCAGUGCCAAGCUCUAGUUUGGGCACUUUUAAGAAACCGGGUGGAGAUAAGCUGGACUGGAAUGUUCUUAGACCAUCAAGAGUCAAUCAGAGUAGAUGAGUGUUGUCGAUUAUUUGAUAGCAUAUAUGCUAGGUUUGGUUCUGUUUCUGGCUUGGGCAUUUAUAUCUGUAGCUGUGGUCUUAUCAGGCCUUUUUUCCAUCAGUUUAAAGACCCUCGCAAUUUCUUUUUAAGAUUAAGGAUUUAACCUGCUGAUAUAGAUGGAAUACUUUUAGAUGAACGGGCUAAUAGAAAGCAUCGUGAGUGUUUUUUUUUUUUUUUUUGUAUCAUUGUAAUUGUAAAACAAAUGGUCUUUUGGAAAUGUGCUUUUAGCUAUUAAAAUGUGUUGUGAUAUUAAAAUGUAAUGUGGUUACAACAAG